AUCAGCCCCCAGUGGAUGCACUGGGAGGUUUCCAAGCGCCGUGCAGCUCCUCGAUGCUGGAGGUUUCUCUACAACUCUGCUUGCUCCAGGGAGCACAGCUCCCUUGCAAUGAGGACAGCCCUGCAGACGUCAGGCCGUGGGCAUCGCCUGCCCCGGCCCCUCGGUCCUUCCCCGUGGAGCUCAGGUUUCCCCUUCUCGCUCCAGUGACGCUGCCUGUCCCCACAGGUGCUGGCCAAGUGGCAGCCACACGCCGGGGUCACUGUCACCGCUGCGGCUUGAGUGGCUGGCACGGAGCGGGGAGGCGGGUGGACAUGCUAACCUAGGGGCCAGGUGCCCGGCUAACACCCAGCUCUGUAUCCCAGCACUGCAACUGCUCCAACCAUGGAUCCGGCUCCGGAGAUGAAGAGGAAUAGGUUCCCCAGCAUGAACUUUGAAGCUGAGAUUCUGACAGCUCCACAUGAUAAUUCAGAGCUAUAUGUGAUCCCUUCCAUGAGAAGUCUCACUGCUGAGGAGUAUGUAGAGGCCUUUAAGUCAUUUUUGGAUCAUUCAACAGAACAUCAGUGCAUGGACGAGUUCAACAAGGAAGAAAUGCCCAACAUCAUGGCUGGUCUCGGCAAUGGAAAAUCGACUAUAAAUGUUCUGGGAGUGGGAAGCGGCACAGGUGAGCAGGAUUUGAAAAUGAUCAGGAUACUACAGGCUGCGCACCCCGGAGUCUUUAUUGACAAUGAAAUUGUAGAGCCUAACCCACAGCACGUGGCAGCUUACAAAGAGUUGGUGAACCAAGCCCCAGACCUGCAGAAUGUCUCUUUCAUUUGGCACCAGCUCACUUCCUCAGAGUACAAGCAACAGGUGAAAGAGAAAGGUGCACAUAAAAAGUUUGACUUCAUCCAUAUGAUCCAGAUGCUGUACCGUGUGGAGGAUAUUCCCAAUACUAUAAAGUUUUUCCACAGCCGCCUUGAUCAUCAUGGUAAACUCCUGAUUAUAAUCUUAUCAGAUAGUAGCGGAUGGGCCACCUUAUGGAAGAAAUACAGACACUGCUUGCCUUCCACCGACAGCGGCCACUACAUCACAUCCAAUGGCAUCACGGAUAUUUUGAAGAGACUGGGCUUUGAAUACCGCGUUUUUGAGUUUCCUUCAGGCUGGGAUAUCACUGAGUGCUUUAUCGAGGGGGACCCAGUUGGAAGCCUCAUGAUGGAUUUCCUGACGGGGACAAAAAACUUUCUGGGCACGGCCCCUCCAGGGCUGCGGCAACGGCUGCAGGAGGCUCUCUGCCAGCCUGAGUGCAGCAGCAAAAAGGAUGGGAGGAUCAUCUUCAGCAACAAUUUAAGUAUGAUUGUGGUUGAAUCCCAGAGUCCAGACCAGCUGCAGAAGACAAGUUAGGGUGGGCAUGGGGGCGAUGGAGCUGCAGAAGGAUGUAGCAUAGAGAGAAGGCCACUUGCAGGCAAGAAGACAGGAAAGUGGAGCUCAGCCACAGCCUCGCAUUCCCAGAUAAGGUAAGCGGAGCUGCCUGCAACACCAGCGGUGAACUCUUUGUCCUACUGAGGUCAACAGGCCGGGAUUUCACACUGGCUAUUUAGUUGAACCCUAUGAAAACAUUUUCCAGAAAGUAAGGAGCUCCCUUUUGCUAAAAGUCUAUAUGGACUUGGUUUUUUUUUUCAGAGUAUGCAUCCUGUCUGUGCUUUUGACACUGGGAUUUCCACUUUUCUAUAUAGCCAGGAUGUUUACGUAUCUAAAGAUAUGUCUAUACGAGCAGGUGCUGCUUUGUAGCAGAGAGGAGGCUGCAGCCCCCAUGCUAGCUGUAUACAGACCGCUGCUUCCAGGUAUGCCGGACAAAACCAGCAAGGUGUCCCCACUGCUUUGCACCAAAGUAACUGCCUCACUGCAUCCAGACCUGAGCUGCAAGUUGCUCUGUGUUAGGCCUUUUCGCGUGGUUUUAUCAGUGUAGGUGUUUUCUGCCCUCAGGCAUAUCAGCACCUUGCGAUAUAGACAUGUCUUAAAAAUUUAUCAGCCUUUUUGUUUGGAGAACUUUUUGGAUCCCAGAAUGGUACUUGCCCUGUGCUCUUCCAGGCAGGUAUUAGUUUUGUUACUUUCUUACUACUGUUUUUCUCCAUGUAA